CGUAACAACGAAAUUAUUUGGAAGAAAAAGUUGAAAUGAUCCAUACAAAUUCAUGAAAUUGUGUGAAAUAUAAAACAAAUCUUCCCUCAUAAAGUACAUCAACUACUUCCUCGUGGCAUACUGCAUCAGAAAUGUAUGGCAUUUGACCAUGACAAUGCGGUCAUACGCCAAAAAUACAUGAGAAUCCUAUGUAAACAUUUGGCAAAUUUGGCUUUCAAAGGAUCAGGUCGCUGGGGUCAAGGCCACUGUCGGGACUGUGCUGAGUGGUUCAAUGUUCACAAACGUGAUCUAAUCUUACGUUCAGUAAUCAGUCAUUCGAGUUUGACAGCCAAUCAGGACCUGUUCUUCCUGAGCAGACGAUUGAAAGCACUCCAUGUCCAUGCUGGACAAUCCUGGGUUGGUUUGAGUCAAGGGAAAUCAGUAAAGACAAGCAUUUCCUGGAGAAACUACUCGGUCACCCAUCACUCUUUUUGCUGCAUUCCACUUCCGGGUCAUCUUCAAGUCCAACCACAGCCAGCCAGUAUGUCAACUUCAAGCCCACCACCAAAAAAGUCGAAAAACUCUGAACUUGAGGAGUUUGAUGUGGUCUUUCAAACCAUUGUUGACGAUUUGAUCACGAAAGGUGCCAAGGAUGCAGAGAUUGGUGAUGCUAUGAUCAGGUUCAGAGAAGUUUUAGAAUACAACGUGCCUCAUGGGAAAAAGAACCGAGGCGUCUCGGUUGUGACGUCAUAUAAGUUUCUCGUCAACGGCGACCAGCAGACAAACAAGGACUUACUACGAGCCCGGGUGCUAGGAUGGUGUGUCGAAUUACUCCAGGCGUAUUUUCUUGUUGCCGACGAUAUCAUGGACCAAUCGGUGACGAGGCGAGGGCGGCCAUGUUGGUAUAAGCGGGACGAUGUUGGGACUAUCGCCAUAAAUGACAGUUUUUAUCUCGAAUGUACUAUCUAUGCAUUAUUGAAAAAAUACUUCCGUGAUCAGUCAUAUUAUGUUGAUAUCAUGGAUCUCUUUCAUGAGACGACAACUCAGACUGUGAUCGGGCAGUCUCUAGAUCUCACCACCGCCCCGUCGGCAUCCGUCGACUUCUCAAAAUUCUCCAUGGAACGCUACAGCGCCAUUGUCAAGUGGAAGACGGCGUUCUAUUCGUUCUAUCUCCCUGUCGCGUUGGCCAUGUACAUGGCUGGAGUAAAUGACGCCGAGUCCCAUACCAAUGCCAAGUCCAUUCUCCUUCAGAUGGGUCACUUCUUUCAAGUCCAGGAUGAUUAUCUCGACUGCUAUGGCGAUCCAGCCGUAACCGGCAAGAUCGGUACCGAUAUCGAAGACAACAAAUGUGGCUGGUUGAUCAACAAGGCAUUGGAGCAAGCUAGUCCGCAACAGAAGAAAAUAUUAGAGGAAAACUAUGCCCAGCACGAUCCAGCAAAGGUGAAAAAAGUGAAGGAAAUUUUCAAGGAAUUAAAGGUUGAGGAGGCUUAUCAUGCAUAUGAAGAAUCAAGUUACAAAGAAUUAAUGGACUCGAUAGAAAAAUUUAGCCUCAAUCUGCCAAAGGAAAUGUUUACAGCGUUUGCUGAUAAGAUUUACAAGCGACAGAAAUAGGACCAACAGAUUAAUUUUUAGUUUCUUCAAAUUUGAGUUUUCAUAAAAGAACGUGUUUAGUAUGAAUGGUCAAACAGUAAACAUGUAAUGCUUUCCGGUUACAACUUGUGACAAAGUCACUACUGUAAGCUGAAAAAAUUUUCGCAGGGAUUUUAUUUUCGCAUGUUUUUGUGAAUAACUGACAUUUGCAAAAAACAUUUUUUUUGCUUGGAAAAAGUGAAAGAAGUUUCAUAAUCCACCAAAAUCACAAAAAAGAUUUUCUCGGAAAAUUGGCUUUCGUUUCAGUGGCUGCUUGAAAAGCUCAAAUAAAAUGCCUUCUAUUCAGCAAGAACCUAGACUACUAUUGUAGCAUAUUAGUCUGUUGGUAAGGGUUUGAAGCAGAGAAAUAAAUAGUGGAAUAGCAUAGAAUUCGUACCAACAACUUUAUUAUCAAGAUGCUCCACCGACCAGUUCGUGACGUGUAUGUAGUUACACCAUAUAUGUAUAGGCGGCGCCAUACACCACAACUAUAAUGUAGGUUGCUACAGUAUAGCGAAUCAGAACUCGGGACACGAGCUGCUCGGAAUUUAGGAUUUUGAUUCUCUGGGGUGAUCUAUAUCAGAAAAUGUGAAUAAAUGACAGAACUCUCUUUAUCAGCUUUUAAAAUAGUUGAAAACGUGAUGUCUUGAUAUGGCGCUGGGCUUUCAAUUAUGUUGAUUACCGUGUUUCUGUAUAAAGGGCGGUCUUUAGAUGCAUGUAUACUCUUUUACAAACUGUCUUAUACUUUCGGAUGGAUAUAUAUUAUGUUGCGCCAUCUAAACGAAAACUGACUGCCAACUGUGCUUUGACUUAAGGACAUUUCUCCUUUAUUGCAGCUCAUUCCUUCUAAUUUAAACAGAAUAAAGGUAAUAUAUAUCAAUCUGGGAA